AUGCUGCGAGAAGCAGAAAUCGAUUGGAACUUGGUGCAGGAUUCUUUGGCGAACCGAGCCAUAAAAUGGAAAUUCAUCUCGCCUUCUGCCCCUCACUUUGCCGGCUUAUGGGAAGCUAACAUUAAAUCUACGAAAUCUCUUAUGAAAAAGGUAAUUGGGACACAAAACCUUACUUAUGAAGAGUUCUCUACUUUGACUGUGGAGAUUGAAGCAUGCAUGCCUUUACUUCCACUCACUGGCGAUCUGGACGAUCUCAACAUCUUAGCUCCAGGCCAUGUUCUCAACGGUAGGACCUUAGAACAGAUUCCGGAACCAUCAAAUGCGGAUGCAGAUCUAAAAUAUGGUACUCAUUGCCGCCUCGUCCAAGCAAUGCGUGAUCGGGUUUGGAAACGCUGUCUCAGGAGUACCUGCAUACGCUUCAACAUCGAAAUAAGUGGACUGUGCCGAAGCGUAAUUAUCAAAUUGGAGAUGUUGUACUGA